AAUAUAAUUCCGAUCUUAUCCCUUCCAUUUUCCCAGCCAUGGCUGCGCCGCCACUCCCUCUCGCCGGCCGCACCGCCAUUAUCACCGGCGCAUCCCGCGGCAUCGGCCGAGCCAUCGCCAUCCACCUCGCUUCUCUCGGUGCCAACAUCGUCGUCAACUACUCCUCCAACUCCACCCAAGCCGAACUCGUUGCCGCCGAGAUAAACUCCUCCUCCGCCCCUUCCCGCGCCAUCACCGUUCACGCCGACGUCUCCAACCCAGAAGACAUCAAAGCCCUCUUCGAUCGCGCCGAGGAGGAGUUCAAAACCAAGCCCCACAUCCUCGUGAACAGCGCCGGCGUCAUCGACGCCAGCUACUCGUCUCUCCCCACCACAUCGCUCCAGAUCUGGGACGAUCUAUUCAACAUCAACGCGCGGGGCUCGUUCCUCUGCUGCCGCGAAGCGGCAAACCGUCUGGUGCGCGGCGGGGGUGGGAGAAUCAUCACGUUGACGAGCUCGCAGGUGGCGUUGUUGCAGCCGGGGUUCGGGGCGUACGCGGCGUCAAAGGCAGCAGUUGAGGCGAUGAUCAAGGUGAUGGCGAAGGAGCUGAAAGGGAGUGGGAUCACUGCGAACUGCGUGGCUCCUGGGCCGAUCGCGACGGAUAUGUUCUUCUCCGGGAAGGCGGAGGAGACGAUGAAGGCGGUGGUCGGAGAUUGUCCGAUGGGGAGGUUGGGGGAGACGAAGGAUGUGGCGCCCGUGGUGGGGUUCUUGGCCACCGAUGCGGCGGAGUGGGUCAAUGGGCAAGUGGUGAGAGUGAAUGGUGGCACUGUUUGAGCUUCUCGGCAUUUCGUCGAACACUUGAUGGGCGCUCAAAAUGGUAAAUUUUUUUUUUUUUGGUUUGUUUCUGUUUGUUUGUUUGGUUCAAUAAAUUGGGAUUUAAU